AGAGGGAUCCAGCGAAGUACAACUUACCAUCGCGACCACUUCACUACUCCCCACCAUCCGAGAAGCUUAGACGAUUAAGCCGGAUCAUAUCUGAUCCAAGCGCGAUCUCCGAAGCCGUCCAUUACAAUUGUUUUACUCGUCGUCUAUAAGUCAAGCGGAGCUCGAACCGACUCCGCGUUGCGACGCAAACAACUUAAGUGGGUUGUUCGACCACCUGAGACGGGAAGGCUAUCCGCGCUUCCCAUACAGCCGCAAUGGCUUCAACACCUAUGGACCUCGACCAUCGCGAAUCGACUCCAGCUAAUAACGGAACCUCUCUCAACAUCACCCGCUCACUGGCAGGCAACAACACUACACAACUGAGUGAGACUAUCUCAACAUUUCGCCCGACAAAACUGUUCAAGAGAGACGACAUCAAGGAUGGCCGCCCGCAACCACACGUACUGUCCCUCGACUUUGACGACCCGGGCGAGCUUCUCAUGACCUCCGAAAGCGACGAGACCAUUCAAAUCUACAACGUCAAGGAAGGCCGGCAUGACAAGAGUCUACUUAGUAAGAAGUAUGGCGUUAAGUUGGCGCGGUUUACACAUACUAGCUCUAGCAUCAUCUACGCAAGUACGAAACAGAACGACCAGAUCCGAUACUUGGCGACGCACGACAACUCCUUCAUCCGAUACUUCGAGGGCCACGAGAAGAGCGUCACAGAUAUUGCUAUCCAUCCAGGAGCGGAUAACUUCAUCUCCUGCAGUCAGGACAACACUGUGCGUCUCUGGAACAUCUCGACAAAGCAAUGGUGCGGUCAGCUGAUCAUCAACUCACCGUACCUCGCCGCAUACGAUCCUUCCGGUCAAAUCUUUGCUGUUGCUUCUCCUAGCAGCGGCAGCGUUUUGCUGUAUGACUGCCGCAACUACGAUAAGGCGCCAUUCGCAACAUUCGAUCUCGUGGAGGUCGGACGGCACGUGGACCCCCAGUUCGUCGUCAGGGGCUGGACGAAAUUGGAGUUCUCAAACGAUGGGAAGCAUAUUCUUGUCGGUACGCGCGGCAACGGUCACUUCCUGUUGGACGCCUUUGACGGAAGUUUGAAGGCGUACCUGCGCAAGCCCGAGGGCGGGACUCGGCGCUUGGCUACGGGCGAGACGGCUACUGUCAACGGGGCACCGAGGAUAGAGCAGCCGACGGUGGAGAGCAGCGGAGAUUGCUGCUUCUCCGUAGACGGCCGCUACGUCCUAAGCGGUUCCAAGAAGGACGUGUUGGUCUGGGACAUUUUGACGCCCCCGCAGAACGACACAAAAACUCUUAACCCGACCUGGACAUUGGAGGACAAGCGGGAGGCCGCCGUAUUGGCCUUUAAUCCGCGCUUCAACUUGUUUGCCACUGCCGACCAGGAAGUCCUGUUCUGGGUGCCUGAUCCUCUUGCGUGAAGGUAGUGGUCAGGAAGGUUGAAGAAGUUGUCUAAGAGCUGUAAAGGGGCGGUGUAGAGUCAAUUUCUUUUUUCUUCGGAGUCCAGGAUACAAGAUACCCAAUCCGUGUAGAAGUCCGUGUAAACUACCAAUGAUCAUAUCAAUAAAUUGGAG